AUGAGGCAAAGAGCGAUGGAACGGAUUGGUGAAACAAGAAAGCAACAACUGCAUGGAAAUGAUGAUAAUGAGAAAAAGAGGAGAAAGUCAGGAGAGACAUUUGAAUGGUUACGGGAAAAGGCAGAAUUCGACAAAACAAUGAAAGCAGAGGAAUUAAAAGAAAGAAGAGAGGAGCGGGUCAGUCAAGAGAGAAUGAUGUUUGUGCAACAAAUGCAGUUGAUGCAAGAAAACAAUAAUACACAGGUCAGCCAAAUCAUGCAACAACAAGAUUACCAACAACAGCAACAGCAACAACAAUUUUCAAUGAUGCAACAACAGAUGCUGGCCAUCAUCCAACAACAACAACAAACACAAGUACUUGUAACUCUCUUUAAAAAUAACCAAUCCAAUAAUUAG